AUGUUCGCGUUGCGGCGGCGGCUGCUCCGGGCCCGCCGGUCACAUAGACCUCGCGCCGCGGCAAAGCAGGGCCGGGAGCCGGCAGGGCCCGGGCGUGGGGGAGAGGAAGACGGGAGGCGACGAGCGGCGGAGGCCGAGGCCGGGCAGGAAGGGGCUGCGGCCGAGGCGGCGAGGCUGGGCCGGUCGAGCUCGGGCAGAGGCGGCGGGCCCCCGCUCAGUCCCGUGCGCCGGAGGAGGGAAGGGAGGCGGCGGCAGCGCGGGGCUCCAACAUGUCCGUUUGGCGGUGGCGGCUGCGCUCUGCGUCGCGCUGACACGGUCCCCCGCGCCCUCACGCACUGGCCCACACUGGCCCGGCCGGCUAGCGGGCGGGCCUCUCUGUCUCUCUCCUCUCUUUCGCCAGCAGGAUGGCGGCAGCGACCGGAGUGCACGCCGCGCGGAGCACCCUGGGACAGCUCGGGCCUCCGAGAGCUUCCUGCGCACGGCCCCGCCCCGCUCGCGCUCGGCCCCGCCCCCGCCCCGCCCUUGCCGCGCGCCGAGCCGCCAGCGCGUGACGGCACCGCCCCGCGCGCUUUCCCGCCGGUGGUGGCCGCGCAGAGUGCAGAUCUCCUGGGCUCGGGUUCCGGACGAGGGCUCCCGGGGUGCCAUUGCGCCCAGGCUGGACGACGCCCCGCUGCUGCGACGAACAAAGCGCGGAGGGAAAAAGGGCCGGACUCUUCAGUAAUCCACUUCCUCCAGCGUUUUGGAAGCAGUGCCACCAGCUGAGGAUACAUGCGAGACAUUUACUCUGUGUGAUCUGGAGCAUGAUCUACAGAAACCGUUUUUUCCCCCAUCAACUUGACCUAAGCUAGAGUCAUUUUUGAAGAGGAAACUGAAUGAAAAAAAAAAAAGAAGCAAAAAGGAAAGGAACGAACAUGACCGCUCCGAGGUAUGGUGGAGGCUCUACCUUUCAAAGAUUCCACCAUCAAGAGAUUCAAGAUGACGGCGCCAACCACACAGGGUAUCUGAACAGUAGCUCAGCAGUGAGAGUGGGGUGACUGGCAGGCCAUAUUGUGGACCCCCAAACCCCGAUGUCUGUGUUUCUCAGGUGAGAGGAGAAUCCACAGGGAUACUCAAAGGUCCAUCUUCAGGCCACCGCCCAAGCCCACUUUUUGUAGAUAUCUUCCUGGAACCAGAGCCGGGCAGCUCAGACCUUGGGCGCUCACGCUCACUGCCUGUGGAAUGAAUACCUGCCUGUACUGUGGGUGAGACUCCAAACCUGGGUACCUACUCUCACAGUCCUGAGGACACCUUCUGGGUACUAGAGCUCCUGCUUCCAAACCCGGGAGACCACACCUAACAUCCUGUGGGCAACUUCCUGGUCUCAUCGGCUUAGUGGUGCUCUCUCUCACAGCCCAGCAGAGAGGAUACAUUCUGGUAAUGUGGGGGAUGCACGGCUCCAUUCUGCCUACUCCCCACCAGCCUGGUUUACCCAGGUCAGAAUCAGCUAGCACAGCACAGACAGUGAACACAGCAGGCACAGACAGUGAACACAGGGGAGCUGAGGGAAGCAUGGGGCCCAGGUUCCAUUCCCCACCAUCUUAAGGAAGCCUGUGGGGCACUGCAGCAGCUCUAGGCACAGAGAUCUUUCCACCUUUGCCCCAUCAGCAUGGCUCACAUACGCUGGAAACAGUGAGCCCAGCACAGACGGAGAACCCAGUGGAGCUGAGCUAGGCACCUGGCCCAGGUUCCGUGGUCCUCCUCCCCAAGGAGGCCUGUGGGGCACUGGAGCAGCUCUAGGCCCAGAGAUCUUUCUGCCUGCUCCCCGGCAGCCUGGUCUACCUGGGCCAGUGAACCCAGCGGAGUGAGCCAGGCCUGGGACCCGAAUCCCAUCCUCCACCAUCUUAAGGAGGCCUGUGGGACACUGGAGCAGCAGCUCUAGGGACAGAGAUCUUUCGGCCUGUGCUCCAGCUACCUGACAUUCCUGGGUCACAAACAGUGAGCCAGCCAGCAGAGACAGUGGAUCCAGGAGGAACUCCCCGAGACUCCAGAGACAGGGGGAUCCAGUCUGCAGAACAAGCUCCUGGAAUAAUAAUCAGUCAAGGCUACAGACAGCCAGAUGGCUAGAGGUCGGCAUAAGAAUACAGGCAACAAAAACCAGGUCAUCAUGGCUUCACCAGAAUCUCCAAACAUCAGAACAUUUCACAAAAAUUUAAGAGGGCUGUGAUUUAGUACUCCUGUACUGGUCAAUCAAAGAAUCCACGCUGCCGGACAAAGCCGCUCUGAACAGCAGAGGGCGCUGGUGUACACAGUACGGAAUGCUUCUGGAGAGCAGCUGAGCAGAUGCGCUGACCCCGUGCCGUCAUCCUAGAGUCUGAAUAGGAAUGAAUUCGGUUCUCAAGAGCUCUGUCACUCAAGCCUGGAAGCCCAGCUUUUAAAACUGUGGGUCAUAAAGCCAUAUGGUACCAGCUAACUCAGUGCGAGGGUCAUAACAAAAAUUCUGGACGUUCAAAAUUAAGCACAACGAGCCUGAGGUGUUUCUGGUGGUGCUCACUCACGGUGCAUCAUGUGACUCCUCUGCAGCGUUGGCAGUGACUGACCUACACUCCCGCUUCGAACUGUACGUUCUGUUAAUACCACACAUCGCCAGGGAACACGGUCUGAAGUGCCUCGGUCUGGAUCCAAGACUAUUGUCACACAUGUCCAAUUUUGGAAAACAGAUAUUUUCUUUAUUUGCCUCCUAUAAUUCUGAUUCAGCAUGUUAAGUAUCAAAUGCGUUUAUCUUUGGACUGUAUUGCGCUAGAAUAUUUGGUUUUAAAGACUGUUGUUUCUGCUCCUGACUUGGGUUUCAUAAAAACUUGCUAGAUGAGGGGCUGGAGAGGUGGUUCUUGUGGAGGACUCGAGUUCACUCCCAGUUCACAGCUGUUGGUAAUUCUAGCUUCAGGGCUGGCUUGAACUCCUGAUCUACCCGCCUCGUUCUCCCUGGGAUUACAGGUGUGUGCUAUCAUGCUCAGAAGUGGGGCAUGUUGUUACAGUCAAGGUAGUUGGAGACAUUCCUAGCACUUUAUAGAGAAAAGCCACAUACUUUUAGCCAUCCUGUAAGGUUGGUGGCUUUCCUCCAUGAUGAAAAACAGUCUCCAAUGCCUGUUAUUAUUGUGUGUAUUUGUGUGUGUGCAUAUGUGUGAAUGUGCAUGUAGACAUCAUGGAUGGGUGGUGGCUGUCUUGUCCAGUGCUUUCUAACUUAUUUUUUGCGGUAGUCUCAUCGAGCCUAGUCCGGCCAGCAGGCUUCAGGAACCCUCCUGCCUCUGGCUCUCCAGCGCUGGGAUUGCAGGUGUGCAGUGCCGUGCCGUGUUUUUCUCUCAUUGGUGGUAGGAAUCGAGCACAAGGACUAGCGGACUCGCUUUACCAGCUGAGUUACUUCUCUGGUCUUUCCGCCAGAAACGACUUCAAUUUCCUUUAUCCUCGCUGAGAGAGAGAGAGAGAGAGAGAGAGAGAGAGAGAGAGAGAGAGAGGACAACUUGUAGAAGUGAAUUCUUCUCUCCUACCGUGUGGGUCUUAAGGUCAUUCAUGUCAGUGAAAAACUCAUCCAUCACAAUCUAAUGCCAGAUCUGAAUUCCAUUUUAUAUGUAACACAAAUUAUGUUAAAAAAUUUAAAAAUCACAUUUAUUUAUUUGUUUGCAUGUUUAUGUGUGGGUGUGUGCAUGCCAUGGCACAUUUGUGACAGUGCGAGGGCAACUUCUGCUGUGAGGUCCUGGAAGCCACGCUGUCAGGCUUGGUAGCAACUUGACCUGCCCAGCACCCCACCUGGCCACAAAUCAGCAUUGCUUAAACUGAAGUUAAAUUAUUCAUUAAGUGAUACACAAAACAUAAAUA